AUGCGGCUCAAGGCGCUCCUUUUCGCCGCCUGCCUAUCGCCUGCGGUGGCCAUUUACUCCGACGAGGUCAACCACGUUGACUUCCACCACGCUCUCCUCGGUACCCCCUCGCCCGAUUCGACCUUCUUCCUUAAGCCAUCCACAGCUUCAAAUGCCUCGCUUCUCUAUACCCUGUCAGACAAGCUGCUAGUUGGGGCAGUGAACCCCCGCGAUGGUGCGUUGGUAUGGCGCCAGAAUCUCUCGCGGUCGGCCGACUCGCCAACCCGCGGGGCGGGUCUCUUGCGCGGAUUGGAUGGCAACGAUGCCCUGGUCGGCGCGGCCGGUAACUAUAUCUCGUCAUGGAGUGCCCAAGAUGGUAAGUUGGGCUGGGAAAAGCGCCUCACCGAGGGCGUGGUCGCAGACAUUGAGCUCUUGGAGCUUGAGGAUGCUACCGCGACCUCCGGCAUCCGAGAUGCGAUCGCAGUCGUCGGCAGCGAUGGCGUCGGAAUCGUCAGACGCUUAGACGGUGCCACGGGCAAGACUAUCUGGGAACACAAGGAUACUAGUGGUGAUGUUCCUUUCCAGGUGUCAUCUUCCUCUACAGAGGUCUUCUACAUUUCACUCCAAUCGGCUAUGCUGAAAGGCUACAAGAUCAAGGUGACUGCGUUAGACCCGGUGACUGGCCAACAAACUCGUCAGCAAGUCUUGAAUUCCGACACCGACGUGACCACCCCCGAGUCUGUCCUUUAUGUCGGCGCCAACUCCGCCUCACCUCUCAUCGCGUGGACAGAUAAAUCCCAAAAAGUGCUGAAGAUCAAUGUGAUCGGUACCAAGGAGAUUACCUCGAUUGCCAUUGACAAUACCUUCGGCUCGGACAUUCGGCAAAUCACCGUCCAUGCGCCGAAUAAGCUCAAUUCGCUACCUCAUUUCCUGGUCCAUUUUGUUACUGAGACCGGCUCCUGGGCUGAGGUCUACCAUGUCGACUUGAGAUCCUCUAAGGUAACCAACGCCUAUCGGUUGCCCUAUCUGCAGGGCCAGUCGGUAGUUGCGACCAGCGUCAUUGACGCCAAUGUCUACUUCACCCGAAUCACCGAAGCGGAAGCUAUAGUUGUUUCCUCCGCAUCCCAUGGAGUUUUGGCCCGCUGGGAUCUGCAAACGCCUUCUUCCGAGGUUGCCCUACACUCGGUGUCCGAGGUGGUCACCAAAGGGAAGUCCCUGGCCGUGAGAUCGGCUCUGUUCCGAAAGCAUGGAGACUGGCAACUUGUCCGAAAUGGUCAAGUUGAGUGGACUCGUUAUGAAGGCCUGGUCGAUGCUGUUGCAGCCACCUGGGCGGAAACCGACAUCCAGGAAGAUCUGGUCCAUGAGUUGGAGGUUGAAGGGCACGAGACUCUGUACGGCGCUUACCUUCAUCGAGUGAAGCGUCAUGUCCGGGACUUGCAGCACUUGCCUGACUGGCUGAAGGAUUUACCCACACGUAUUUUGAGCAGCGUUCUGACCGAUGAGGUUUCCAAUUUGGACAGCUUUGGAGUUGCUAAGCCAGUCGUAAUUGCGACCAAGAACGGUCGUGUCCACGCCUUGGACACCGGUACGCAUGGCGCUGUGUCUUGGAGUGUCCAAGUCGCGGAGACCACACAGUGGGAUGUCAAGGCAAUCUUGAGCUCCCCUGGGGCCGUGACCAUUUACCCAAGCGACGGAAGCUCCGUGACUUUGGACAUCCUGACGGGAGAGAUCGUUCUGCGCACUGAGCCAUCUGACACCCCGCUUCACACCAUAGCUGUGCUUUCGACCCAGGAUAGUACCUCGUUAGUCACGGCCGGUGUCGGGGCGGAUGGAGCCCCGGUCACAGCAUUGACCAAAGAAGACGGCAUUCUGGUAACCACCAGCGCGGAUGGUCGAGUGCGUGGCUGGAUUGCCGAAGACAGCAAAUCUCCCGUUUGGGAAUUUGUUCCUCCCUCUGGACAAAAGGUUGUCAAAGCCACCGCUCGUCCAGCGCACGACCCUGUCGCAUCAAUUGGCAAAGUGCUUGGCAACCGCUCUGUUUUGUACAAAUACUUGAAUUCCAACCUCGCUUUGAUCACCGCUGUGGAUGCCAAGGCCAAGACCGCGAGCUUCUACCUCCUUGACGGAGUAUCCGGCAUGGUUCUGCACGCCACCACACAAACAGGUGUCGACUCCACUCAGCCUAUUGCCUCUGUCGUAUCUGAGAACUGGCUCGCCUAUUCAUUCUGGGGCGACGUUACCGCUGAUGAGUCUUCUGCCAAGGGCUACCAGUUGGUGGUCUCGGAGCUUUACGAAUCUCCCUUGCCCAAUGACCGAGGCGCCUUGGACUCUGCUAGCAACUACUCGAGCAUUGAAUCACUUCCAUUGCCUCAUGUCAUCUCCCAGGCGUUCAUGAUUCCCGAGCCCAUCUCUCACAUGGCCGUUACUCAAACCCGCCAAGGAAUCACCACUCGUCAACUCCUCUGCACGCUUCCAUCCUCCAACUCCAUUGUCGGUAUCCCCCGCCCCGUUCUUGACCCUCGCCGCCCCGUUGAUCGGGACCCCACCGCCGCCGAAGUUGAAGAAGGCCUGUUCCGUUACGCGCCUUUCCUCGAGUUUGAUGGUAAAUGGUACCUCUCGCACGCUCGCGACGUCGCUGGCAUCAGGGAGGUACUGUCCAGCCCCACUUUGUUGGAAAGUACCAGCCUGGUUCUCGCCUAUGGUAGUGAUAUCUACGGUACUCGGGCUACUCCCAGUCAAGCAUUUGACGUUCUCGGCAAGAGCUUCUCCAAGCUCCAGCUCGUGCUGACGGUGGUGGCACUUGGGGCAGGCGUCACCGUUUUGGCUCCCAUGACUCGGAGAAAACAAGUCAAUGCCCUGUGGAAGGCUUAG